UGUUUUCCAAAAAAAUUAAGAUUCUGGAAAAAGGAGAUAAAAAAAAAAGAAGAAGAAUCUUUUGGUGUCUUGUAUGUUCUCUUUUAAAGUCGGAUUUCCUUCUGCUCCAUCUUCCUCCUCUUUCUCUUGCUCAGUAACCGAGCUCAAGUAUAAGGUAGACAAAGAACGUAAGCAACAUGCACAAGGAAAAUUCUAGUGAUGCUCCAUCAUCACCUACCCCUCGUGCUCGUCCUCACCGGAAGCGAAACAGUGAUGUUGUUGCAGGAGCAGGGAAAAAUGGAAGUCAUUUACUUGUCAAUGACAGUAGCAAAUACAAAUCGUUUCUCAUCCGAGCUUACUCCACUCUCUGGAUGAUUGGUGGUUUCGUUCUAAUAGUCUACCUUGGUCAUCUCUACAUCACAGCAAUGGUGGUUGUUAUCCAGAUAUUCAUGGCAAGAGAACUUUUCAAUUUGCUAAGAAGAACUCAUGAAGAUAAGCAGCUCCCUGGGUUUAGAUUACUCAACUGGCACUUCUUUUUCACAGCAAUGCUUUUUGUAUAUGGUCGAAUACUUAGUCAGCGGUUAGUCAACACUGUGACUCCAGACAAAGUCAUGUAUAGACUGGUCACCAGCCUCAUCAAAUACCACAUGGCAAUCUGUUACUCCUUGUAUAUAUCCGGCUUUGUUUGGUUCAUCCUGACAUUGAAAAAGAAGAUGUACAAAUAUCAGUUUAGCCAAUAUGCAUGGACGCAUAUGAUCUUGAUUGUGGUGUUUACUCAAUCCUCAUUCACCGUGGCCAACAUCUUCGAAGGAAUCUUCUGGUUUCUUCUUCCUGCAUCACUUAUCGUCGUGAACGACAUCUUUGCGUAUAUAUGUGGUUUCUUCUUUGGAAGAACACCGUUGAUCAAGUUGUCACCAAAGAAAACGUGGGAAGGUUUCAUUGGAGCUUCGAUCACCACAAUGAUCUCUGCAUUCUUGCUUGCAAAUAUAAUGGGACGCUUCCUGUGGCUUACAUGUCCCAGAGAGGACCUAUCCACGGGCUGGCUCCAAUGUGAUCCGGGUCCCUUGUUCAAGCAAGAGACACAUGCUUUACCAGGAUGGAUCUCUAACUGGUUGCCUUGGAAAGAAAUUUCUGUUCUACCAGUUCAGUGGCAUGCUCUAUGUCUUGGAUUAUUUGCGUCUAUAAUAGCACCUUUUGGUGGCUUCUUUGCCAGUGGUUUCAAAAGAGCUUUCAAAGUCAAGGACUUUGGUGAUAGUAUUCCCGGUCAUGGUGGAAUCACAGAUAGAAUGGAUUGUCAGAUGGUGAUGGCUGUUUUUGCAUACAUAUACCAUCAAUCCUUUGUUGUACCUCAAAGCCUCUCUGUGGAUAAGCUCUUAGACCAGAUAAUCACAAGCCUGACACUGGAGGAACAACAAGCUCUGUUCAUGAAGCUUGGCCAAAUGUUGCAGGAGAAGGUUACUGGAUCUUAGAUCAUUACAAGUUUACCCUACCAUGUUAUAUACUCUGCGUGUGUUUCCAAAAAAAAAAAGAUCAUUUGGAUACAAAAAGAAAAGAAAGCAAUAGAUUCAUAAGUUUGUUGCGUUUC